GCGGUCUCCGCGAACGCGCGCUUGCGGUUCCCGGGAGCUGGCUGAUGACGUCCGGUCUCCAUGGCGGCGCGGCGGCGCAAGGCGGCUCCUGGCAGCGGCGCGCGAGCAUUAAAUGGAACCAAGAAAGUUAACCCUGGCAAUGCAGCCACAGAGGACCCUCCCCCUGCGAAGAAAACUCGAAAAUGCCAGAAAGUGGAGGUGAAGAAGGAACCUGAGUCUGGAGGAAAGGCUGAUAAGGAUGGGACAGAAGACGAGCAAGGUGGGAGGGCAGGCAAGGGGCCCUGGGACGAGUGGGCUGGCGGGCUGGGAUCAGUUGCUCUUCAGCAGUCAUUUUCUGUGAAGUCCUUGCUCAUCAAGGGCAAGGCCCCCGUGGACCCAGAAUGCACAACCAAGGUGGGAAAGGCUCACGUGUAUAGUGAAGGAAAUGAUGUCUAUGACGUCAUGCUCAAUCAGACCAACCUCCAGUUCAACAACAACAAGUACUAUCUGAUUCAGCUAUUAGAAGAUGAUGCCCAGAGGAACUUCAGUGUUUGGAUGAGAUGGGGACGAGUUGGGAAAAUGGGACAGCACAGCUUGGUGGCUUGUUCAGGUGACCUCAACAAGGCCAAAGAAAUCUUUCAGAAGAAAUUCCUUGACAAAACAAAAAAUAAUUGGGAGGAUCGUGAAAAGUUUAAGAAGGUGCCUGGAAAAUAUGAUAUGCUACAGAUGGACUAUGCCAGCAAUACUCAGGAUGAAGAUGAAACAAAAAAAGAGGACCCGCUUAAAUCACCCUUGCGACCGGAGUCGCAGCUAGAUCUUCGGAUACAAGAGCUGAUCAAGCUGAUCUGCAAUGUCCAGGCCAUGGAAGAGAUGAUGAUAGAAAUGAAGUAUGAUACCAAGAAGGCCCCGCUUGGGAAACUGACAGUGGCACAAAUCAAGGCAGGUUACCAGUCUCUUAAGAAGAUUGAAGAUUGUAUUCGAUCUGGCCAGCAUGGGCGCGUUCUCCUGGAAGCGUGCAACGAAUUCUAUACCAGGAUCCCGCAUGACUUUGGACUGCGGACCCCUCCAUUAAUCCGAACAGAGAAAGAGCUCUCAGAAAAAAUAUUGCUACUGGAGGCUUUGGGAGACAUUGAAAUUGCCAUUAAACUGGUGAAGACAGAGCUGCAAAGCCCAGAACACCCAUUAGACCAACACUAUAGAAACCUACAUUGUGCCUUGCACCCUGUAGACCACGAAAGUUAUGAGUUCAAAGUGAUUUCUCAGUACCUACAGUCUACUCAUGCUCCCACACACAAAGACUACACCAUGACCUUGCUGGAUGUUUUUGAAGUUGAAAAGGAGGGAGAGAAAGAAGCCUUCAGAGAGGACCUUCCUAACAGGAUGCUGCUAUGGCAUGGUUCCAGACUGAGUAACUGGGUAGGAAUCCUGAGCCAUGGGCUUCGAAUUGCCCCACCCGAGGCUCCCAUCACAGGUUACAUGUUUGGAAAAGGAAUCUACUUUGCUGACAUGUCUUCCAAAAGUGCCAACUACUGCUUUGCCUCUCACCUAAAGAAUAUCGGACUGCUACUCUUAUCAGAGGUAGCCCUCGGGCACUGUAAUGAACUACUGGAGGCCAAUCCUAAAGCAGAGGGAUUACUUCAGGGCAAACACAGCACCAAGGGUCUGGGCAAGAUGGCUCCCAGUCCUUCCUGCUCCAUCACCCUGAAUGGGAGUACAGUGCCCUUAGGGCCAGCAAGUGAAACCGGAAUUCUGAAUCCAGAGGGUUAUACUCUUAACUACAAUGAGUUUGUUGUCUAUAAUCCCAACCAGGUCCGUAUGCGAUACCUUCUAAAGGUUCAAUUUAAUUUCCUAAAGUUGUGGUGAGUGUUGAUUUGUAUUUUUUUAAAAAUGACAAAAACAGAAGAUGUAAUCUUCGCACAAGACAAUAAGUAUUACUGUGCUUCUGGACUUUUGUUUGUUUAUUUUUUUAAUGUAUUAUGUAAUAAAACUAUUACCCUGAAAA